AUGACUUUUUUACAGAUUGAAUCAAAUCGUAAACGUGAGGCAGAACUGCAAAAACUGCGCAAGUUGUUGGAAGAAUCGCAGCUGGAAAGUGAAGAUGCAAUGAAUGUUCUGCGUAAGAAGCACCAGGAUGCGUGCCUCGACUACACAGAACAAAUCGAGCAACUUCAGAAGAAGAACUCAAAGAUUGAUCGCGAACGACAACGUCUACAGCACGAAGUUAUCGAACUCACAGCGACAAUUGACCAGCUUCAAAAAGAUAAGGUACCACUCUUCAUCAGUAGACCAGUGCAAAAUCAUGUAUUUCCCCACAUCGCUGAAAUGGAUUCAUCUUGCAAAUCAGGAGAGGGCUAG